AUGGCUGCCGACCCCGUCAUCCUCACCCGCACUCAGAAGAACCUCUGGAACGCCAUCGUCUCCGAGGCCCUCGCCAACCUCAAGUACAACGCCUACGCCCAGCGCGCCAUGCAGGAGGGCCACCCCGAGGUCGCCCAGAUCUUCCAGGAAGUCGCCGGCGCCGAGAUCAUCCACGGCGUAAACCACCUGCGCGUCACCGGAGACAUGGCCUCCACCGCCGAGAACCUCCGCAGCAUCAUGGAGGGAGAGGCCCAGGAAGCCGCCACCAUUUACCCCAUGAUGAUCCGCGAGGCCCUCGAAGAGGGAAACCAGGAGGCCGCCGACUCCUUCACCCUGGCCAUGGAACGGGAGCGCCGCCACCUCGAGUCUUUCACCGAGGCCCUCAACGGCCUCGAGGCCAAGCUGGCCGCGCAGAACGGCACUUUCCGCCUAGCCCCCGCGCCCGAAAUCCCGGUGAUGCCCGCCAGCAUUGCAUCCGUCUCCCUUCCUCCGGUCCGCGACGGCUCAUCGGAAGCCGCGGCCGCCGCCGACCGCGCUUUCGAUCGCGAGACCUACAACACCGCCGCCGCAGAGGUCGACCGCGAGAUCUGGCGCGUCGCCCGCCUCGGCCGCCUGCGCGAGGUGGUCUUCGGCGCCCAAGACGGCCUGCUCAGCACCGUCGCCCUCGUAACCAGCCUCGCCGUCGCCUUCGAGAGCCAGACCACCGUCGUCGUCGCCGGGUCCUCGCCGGCGCCCUGCCCGGCAUGA